AUGGCUCCGGUGCUCCCUAAGCAGAGACAAAGGCAGUGCAGGUCCCCCUCCAAGGCCUUCUGUGCCCUAUCCUCUGUGAGUUUCCCUGGUGUUGCAAUCUACCUGGCCAAGGUGGGCAUGGGCCACAGCUGCAGGGCCUUCCUCAGCAGCCUGGCCCUCUCUAAAGGCUUCCACAUCCUCGACACUUACAGCCCAGAGGUUACACGCGUGGUGAAGGAGCAUACCACAGCAGUGGAGGCUGUCCACUGGCAAGAAUGCAGGGCAGUGGCUGCUUCUUUGGGCUGGACCCACUCACCCCUGCUGGACAUGAGCUGGUUCACAGAGAGCAUGGCUGCUGGACGGCCUGUACCCGUGGAGUGGAGGCAUUGCCUAGAGGUGACCAAGCCCAGGAAUGAGAUUCCAAGCCUGGCACGAGUGCCAACCUAUGCCUGCAAGCGUCCGACGCCCCUCACCAACUAUAAUGCCAGCCUCUCGGAGGCCCUGGAAACACUGGCAGAGGCAGCAGGCUUUGAAGGCAAUGAGGGCCGCCUCCUCUCAUUCCAAAAGGCCUCUUCAGUUCUCAGAUCUCUGCCAGGCCCCAUUACAGCCCUGAGGCAGUUGCAAGGGCUGCCACACUUUGGAGAACACUCCUCCAGGGUUGUCCAGGAGACACUGGAACAUGGAGUAUGUGAGGAAGUGGAGAGACUAUGGGGCUCUGAGAGAUAUCAGACGAUGAAGGUAUGCAAGGUGACCCAGGCAGCACCCCAGGAAAACUCCCUGUACAGGCUGCAACACUACCAGGACCUGAGCACCCCACGCAGAGGCAGGAUGCAGAGGCAGGAUGCAGAGGCUCUGUGUUGGACAGUGGAAUUGUCUGUGCAGCAGAUCCUGCCUGGUGCCACAGUCACACUGGCUGGUGGCUUCCGGAGGGGGAAGCUGCAGGGCCAGGACGUGGACCUACAUCACCCUCAGGAAGGCCAGGAGGGGGCACUGCUGGGCAGCAUGGUGGGCAGCCUGCAGAACCAGGGCCUCCUCUUGUACCAUAUCUAUCAGCACAGCUGCCGUGGGGAUCCUACCCACUUGGCAUGGCAAAAGCCCAGGAUGGAUGCCUUUCAGAAGUGUUUCUGUGUUUUCUGUCUACCACAGCUCCCUGGAGUGACUGUGGAGGGGUCCCAGAAAACUUGUCAAGCCUGGAAAGCUGUGAGGGUAGACCUGGUGGUGACUCCGGUCAGCCAGUUCCCCUUUGGCCUGCUCUGCUGGACUGGCUCCAAGCAUUUUGAACGGGAGCUGCGCUGGUUCAGCUGGAAGGAGAAGGGACUUUGGUUAAACAGCCACACACUCUGUGACCCAAAGCAGAACAAAUCUCUCCCCACGACUUCAGAGGAGGACAUCUUUAGACACCUAGGCCUGGAGUAUAUUCCCCCUGAGCAGAGAAAUGCCUGA